AUGUUUCAAGCAAUGAAAAAAUUUAUCUCAAAUCCUAAUUAUAAAUCAAUUUAUCAAUUUCAAUUCAAACGUUCAAUAAAAAAUAAUGUAGACAAAAAAUAUGAUGGUUAUUGGACUUUAAUAUUACGACAGCAUGCACUUUCACCAACUGAACAAAAUGAAUCACAAAAUAAAUCAUCUAUCGCCAGUAUUUCAAUAGAUUCCGAUAACAAAGAAGAAAUUCCUACUUUUAAAGAAGAAACCCUCAUUUAUACAGUUGACGGAGAAUUAAUACCCCCCAAACCUGCUUUUCCUGAUAAUUGUUCACAAAAUCAAACGGAUAUACUGGUUACUACUUCAGAAGAAAAUAAAUUGGAGAGUACACCAGCUUCUGACCCUAACCCAAAUGAGAUCUUAAUGAAGAUAUACCGAAAAAAUAUACCAGUUAUUGAUUUAUUAACUGGAGAUAUAGUAACAGAUCUAGAAGAAGCUUUGCUUUGGGUCUCUAACUCAUCAGGAGCAGGGCCUAAAACUCUGGAAUAUUGA